UUAACCUCAUUGGCAAUAUAUGGAGUUGAAUGGUUCCAUUUCUUUGUAAUGCAUCUUAUUGGAAUGUCUAUAGCUUCACAUCAUUUCAAGGCAAUAUCCAUUUGGUCUGACAGUGGGCAGGUGUAAAGGGUAGUCUCCCGUCAACUCCUUGAAGUAUACAGACAGACGGUGUCAAACUGUCAGGCUCAUCCAUCUUAUUCUAAGUGUCAUUCCUCUAUUCUAAUAUACUUUUUAUAAUCCAAAUGGGAGAGAUUAAUUUUGAAAGCUGAGUCAUCAAAUAUCAGAUCGGACAUUGGGGGUGGACCCAUUGGGGUGCAAAGUGUUGUGAUGACGUAGGCGAAAAAGCGUAAGCUUUAUCAAUUGGUACAUCCCUAUAAAUAACGGAAAGUUCCUAGCAGACAUUCGAAAAGAAAAACCGAGCCCUUUGAAAGAGUUCUGUUGUAGCCGACAGUAUCAAUUGGACGAAGCACUUCAGACUGAACAAGAUGCCAUAUUCUACGUUUCCACUGCUGUGGGUCCUGGGGCUCCUCGCGCUCUCCUCCGCGUGCUACAUCCAGAACUGUCCGCGAGGCGGGAAGCGCUCUUUUCCCGAUCUUCCACGACAGUGCAUGUCGUGCGGCCCCGGGGACAGGGGCCGCUGCUUUGGCCCCAAUAUCUGCUGUGGGGAGGGAAUGGGCUGUUACAUGGGCUCCCCAGAGGCAGCUGGUUGUGUGGAGGAGAACUACCUGCCCUCCCCCUGCCAGGCUGGAGGAAGAGUGUGUGGCUCUGAGGGAAGCUGUGCUGCAUCCGGAGUCUGCUGUGACUCAGAGAGUUGUGUGCUAGACCCAGACUGCCUAGAGGACAGUAAACGUCAGUCACCCAGCGAACAGAACGCUGCCUUAAUGGGUGGUUUGGCAGGAGACCUGCUGCGGAUCCUACAUGCCACCAGCAGAGGGAGACCUCAGUAACCAACCACUGCCCAUCCCUCACCUGAACACACCCAGAAUAGAGCUUAAAUUCACCAUUUCACAUGCACUACUACAAAAACAAACCUCACACAGAUUCACAGACACACAGCAGAAGUAGAGAGCAGGCUUGCUACAUAAGGGUGAAAUUUAUCAGCUCUACAUGAAUGUUUACUGUGUGCUCAGUAGCCUUCAGUAAGUUGUCAUUUCUAAUGCUUCAACUCAAAUAUGCAUUGUACAAUCUACUGGGGUGGCAGGGAUGUAAAUAUGUAGUUAAUAAAUAUUUUCUUGCACUAUUAAAAUGUGUAUUUUCUAUGGCUUACUGAGAGGUACAGUAACAGGCAAA